AUGGAUGAAGAUCUCGCCUGCCUCGAGGCAUGUACGCCCUGCUGCGCUCCCUUGCUUGCCCAUGUUAACCGCUUACAGAAGGAGUACUGUCCUCCUCUGGACUCUGCACUCGUCAUCUCCAUAUACUCUGACUACAAGGGCGAACCCAACUGCCUUGAACAAGCACGUGCUGUUCUCGCCCAUUUCAAGGACGCCGCUGCCGUCGAGCAGCUCACCGACUUUGACCCUUCUGGAUGCAGCACCCAGCCCGCUGAGCAGAGCUCGUCGCCCGAGCAGGGCGACCAAGCCUCUCGCGGCCCGAAAGCCUCGACCGAGACGGACGCCACGAGCCUGACAAAUGGCGUUUCCUCGCUCGCUCUCUCCAGUUCGGGUGUCUCGACGCCGUCCGAGCCAGGCACGAGCAUGGCAUGGCUUCAGAACUUGAACAUGUCAGCCAAGGAAGCCCAGCUCAUUGAGACGUUUCCAACCUUGAGUGCCACCACCAUUAGCUUCGUCUUCAACAAGAACAAGGGUGAUUUUGAGAAGUGCACCGACGAGCUGCUGAAUCACGUUUUGUUUGAAGAGAUAGACGGCCAGGAAGGCGAAGAGAAGGUCUUGCGAAAGGGAAUCGACACGUUUGCAGCUGCCGACGUGGCCGCUCCCCGUGGCCGCAAGGCCAAGGGCAAGAAGAAAAACAAAAAGGCCAACUACAUGAACCUGGACGAGUACGCCCGGUCCAGCUCAGAGCCAGCAGCCCCGUCGCCAAACAAAUGGAAGACCAUGUCUGAUGACGUCGAUUUCAUCGCAACCAAGGUCAACGUCUCGUACAAGGCUGUUAGGUCUUCAUAUCACGAGCGCGGCGGAUCCGUCGCAGGAACCAUCACCGCCCUCAUCGAGUCAAACAUGAAGACGGACAAAACGUCGCUAGAGGAGGAGACGGACAUCAUCGUCCAAAAUGUGCUCGACCUUGCCAGCGAGUUCUCGCUCGAUCUCCAGCAAGCCCACGCGCUCAUUCGCCUGACCCACCCUUCCUCGGCCGCCGCCCACGAGCUCGCAAAGUCCCUCACGCGUCUCUCUAGCGGCGGCUCACCUACAGGCAGCAGCGGCGGCGGUGGCAUUCAGCUCGUCCCCCGCUACGCACCGCUCAAUCUACCGGACCCCGAUGACGAAGGCGACGCCCCGGGCCCAGCCUCGGCAUCUUCGCUGCAUCUGGCCUCGCCCUCGGCAGCCUCCUUCGGCGCGGCGCGGCACACGGCCUUCAGCAAGGCAUCCGAGUACCACCGCAAGGGCAAGUCGGACCCGCUGAUGAAGGCGGCGGCGGGCUACUACGGCCAGAUCGGGCGCGACCACCACCGCGCGUACCAGGUCGCGGUGGCGGCCGAGGCGGACGCGCUCGUCGCGGCGCAGUCGACCCCGGCGCAGCUCGACCUGCACGGCGUCAGCGUCGCCGACGCCAAGCGCAUCGCGCGGCAGCGCGUCGGCGAGUGGUGGAAGUCGCUGGGAGAGGACCGCAUCAGGGGCUACGCGGGCGCCAAGGGCAGGGCGAACGAGUACAGCAUCGUCACUGGGUUGGGCAGGCAUAGCGAUGGCGGCAAGGCGAAGAUCGGUCCCGCGGUGAUGAAGAUGCUGGUGGCGGAGGGGUGGAGGGUGGAGGUUGGGAGUGGGUUUUUGACCGUGUCGGGCGUGCGGAAAGUGUGA